UGACGUAAAACGCGUCACACAAAUUAGCUUCCGGUGCCCAUCAUGCGUAGCGCGCGCUAGCUGCAUGCGAAGGUCAAUCUGUACUUCCUUCACAUCACAAGAUUCUGUGAAGCUCAUGAGCCCUUACCAGCGCCCUGUUUGCAGUGUGUCUCGACCAUAGAUCUCCAAAUUCACAUAUGGAGAUCAAUGGUCUCGACCACGGUGCUCUCAAAAGAGGUAAAAACACGCACCCUCUCGUUGGCGCACGGAGCCCAUAGAGUUCCAGACACGAAUAGCCGCCGGAAGAAAAGAACCGUCAUAUUGAAGUCUUCUCUUUAUAUUGUGCGAAAGAUCUAACCAGAGAAUAGUAAAAUGGACGACGACGUUGCCACCCUUGUAAUUGACAAUGGUACAGGAUUGACCAGAGCCGGGUUCGCCGGAGAUGACGCUCCGAAGGCCGUGUUUCCCUCCGUUGUGGGUUAUCCUAGAGGUCGGACCCGAACAAAAAGCACCUCGGAAGGCUUCUUCACUGGCAGCGAUAUUCCAGCCAAGAGGGCUGACCUGACCCUGAGGUACCCUAUCGAGCACGGUAUCGUCACUAACUGGGACGAUAUGGAGAAGAUCUGGCAUCACGCCUUCGCUAGGGAGCUGCGUGUGGAUCCAGAGGAGCACCCCGUGCUGCUGACUGAGGCCCCCUUGAACCCCAAGGCCAACAGGGAAAAGACAGCAGAGGUCAUGUUUGAGACCUUCCACACUCCUGCCUUGUUCCUGGCCAUCCAGGCGGUGCUUGCGCUCUACGCCUCCAAACGCUCCCGCACCGGUACCGUCUUGCAGUCUGGUGAAGGGGUGACGUACUCCGUGCCCGUCUACGAGGGCAGCGCCCUGCCUCACGGCAUCCUCCGCCUCGACAUGGCCGGCCGUGACUUGACGGACUACCUUGUGGCGUUGCUCACAGAGCGGGGCUAUUCCUUCAAUACGAUUGAUGAACGUGAAAUCAUUCGAGACAUCAAAGAGACGCUCUGCUAUGUUGCCCUUGACUUCGACGAGGCGAUGAAGCAAGCUGCCUCAGGCUCCUCCCUGGAGAGGAGCUACAAGCUCCCUGACGGACAGCUCAUCACCCUCAACGAUGCACGCAUCCGUGUCCCAGAAGCCCUCUUCCAGCCAUCCUUCCUCGGAACGCAAGGCCCCGGGAUCCACGAAAUGACGAACGACAGCAUCCAGAGGUGCGACGCGGACAUCCGGAAGUAUCUGUACGCCAACGUUGUUCUGGCGGGUAGCUCCACUUUGUUCCCCGGCAUCGCUGACAGAAUGCAGAAGGAGGUCACAGCACUUGCCCCACGUUCAACGGAGAUCAAGAUCAUCGCUCCCCCAGAGAGGAAAAACUCCGUGUGGAUCGGUGGCUCCAUCCUUGCCUCCCUGUCCACCUUCCAGGAGAUGUGGAUCAGCAAGCAGGAGUACGACGAGUCUGGCCCCAGCAUCGUUACACCUAGGUGCUUUUACAUGUAAAGGGCAAGACCAAGUUUCGUUAUUCUCUUGAAAAGUAUUCAAGGGAGGCAGGAGCGGGGAUCUUUAUUAAGACUUUAAGAACUUUGUUUUGAGGUAUAAUCAUAUUAAGGAGUUAAAACAAUUUGCCUACAGAUUGAUUUAAGGUACGAAUAAUUUGAUUUGGAAUACGGUUUGCAGCACAGCAAUGCUCUUAAUAUUUGUUCGAUUUCAUCAGAAAACGGUUGACUUUUCAAGGCAUUUAGGAUCGAAUGGUUGUAAACAUCGUCGUCAAAAUAAUUGUAUUAUUUCAAACGAGGUGACUAGUCUUCCCUGCAGUCGGUAGAACUACGUUGUGUUAUGAGUGAAACGAACACGAAGGAAGUGCUUAUGAACCUCUAUUGAAGAAUUAGGCGAUUUUUGGUUUGUUGUGUAAGUUCCUUGCAUUGUUUUGUUUUGUCUUUUGAGGGAAUUCUUGUUUAAUUCAGUUUUAUGCAUUUUCUUAUCUCGCACGCGCAUACCUAGGUUUAGUACAUGUAAACUAGUGUUUGAACUUCAACUGUAUUUUCUGCGCCAUAUUGUCCUGAAAGUAACCUAAAACGUACUUGCAUGAGAUCAGUUGUGGUUUUCAUGUCGAUAUUUUAAUAUA